GAGUACUAUGCACUCUGUAGUUAUAAAAUGGUUUUAGUAAAUUAUAUCUGUUGUAUGAGGUUGUAUGGUUGUAGCACAGCUUUUGGUUAUAAUCAAGUUAUAUAUAAGUUGAGUUAAAAACUUUAAGCCGCAUUGAGUUCAUAGAUUGCAAAGAUAAGUGUAAGAACUACGACCUGACGCGGUUGCAUUACGUGGCGCUUGUGUUACAAAGUUUUCGUGAAGUUUUAAUUUGUUUCUGUGAUAUAAAACAUGGAGGACUUGGCUGAUGAAAACAGUGAACAACAAAUAGAAGUUAAAUUUAAACCGAAAAAAAGGAAAAACAUCCGUCAACGUAUUAAGCAAGAUGAUGAUUCGGAAGACGAACAAUACAUUUUAUCUAAAUUGGAAGAAACGAAAGUCUUGCAGAAACUUCGAGAAAGACCCAAUGGAGUUAGUGUAGUAGCCUUGGCGACUGGUCAGAAAACUACAUUAGAAGAAGAAAUUACUUGCAAAGACCCAUUCAAGGUAAAAAGUGGUGGUAUGGUUAAUAUGCAAGCAUUGAAAAGUGGUAAAGUCAAGCAAGUUGAUGACGCUUACGAUACAGGGAUUGGAACACAGUUUUCCGCUGAGACUAACAAACGUGACGAAGAUGAAGAAAUGAUGAAAUACAUUGAAGAGCAACUGGCUAAGCGUAAAGAGGGUCAUCACCAAGAUGUGAAAGAAUCUGAACACAAUGAUUCUUUAAAAUAUUUAUCACCAGAAGAAGCCGCAUUACUAUCUCUGCCGGAACACCUACGAGUUUCAUCAACACACAGAUCUGAGGAGAUGUUGUCCAAUCAAAUGCUGAGUGGAAUUCCUGAAGUAGAUUUAGGUAUUGAUGCUAAAAUUAAAAAUAUUGAAGCAACUGAAGAGGCCAAAAUGAAACUCUUGUGGGAAAGACAUAACAAAAAAGAUUGUCCUUCCCAAUUUGUUCCAACUAACAUGGCUGUUAAUUUUGUGCAACAUAACCGCUUUAACAUGGAUAGUGAUACAGCCAAGAAAAGAAAAGCAGAAAAACCUGAAGUUAUCAAGACUGAAAACAAUGCAAUAGAAGAUAGUGUUGAUAAAAUAGUGAAAAAGGCUAAAGGCGAAAGGGCUACAGAUGAUUAUCAUUACGAAAAGUUCAAAAAACAGUUUAGAAGAUAUUGAGACAGUUGUUAUGGUAAAAUUAUUUAAUUUUUAGGCUACUAAGUAAUAAUUCAUAAGCUUUUAUGUUCAUGCUAACAUAAAUCAUCAGGUAGCUGCUGGUAGGCUACUAAAUAAUUAUACUAAAU